UUUCCAACUUCGUUAACACAUCUUUUCCGACCUCCGUUUAUUCUCUUCAAAUACAUGCUAUUCAACCACAAACCAGCCCCGGAAAUCUAACCUUUCGACAUCUGUUUAAGUUGUACUUAAAGCAAACCUGCGAUGCAAUUAAGCUCGAGCUGCCCGUGGAUGUGAAAACAUUUAAAUUCACUUUCGAGUGCAGAACACCAGGACCCGUAACCAUUGAAAUAUCUAUCUGAAAGCCUCUCCAGAUGCUAAGCCCACAAGCAGGUACUGUCAAGGGUCCCGACAUCAGUGGCAUACACACCGAGGUGCCAGGAGCAUUAAGCAAUUGGUUGGGCGCUGUUGAGGCAGGUCCUCCAGUGGUGGAUGAUAGUGUGACCGAACCUGAGUCGGAGCUGGGUGCUGAAGAUCUUAAACAUACUAGUGCUCAAGCGCUUGUUAGUACUGGGCUGCUAGUUGAUGAUAGCGAAACAGAACCAGAGUCAGAACCGGAGACUAAAGAUGAGCCUGCCACACUAGCAGAAUUUUAUCGCUGGUACAACACGGUUGUCGCCAACAUGCCUACUGUCCGCUGCCACUGCAAAACAAACAACUGUCAUGGAGCUCUCGUCCCAGCACACACUGCUUGUGCACAUGAGUGUGCAGAUCUAUGCAACCGAACUACUUCUGAACAGGGUAACUUCAAGCGUGUCGGUGAACGCAUCAUCCUAGCUUCAAUAUCUCCAAACAUUGAGUUUUACGACUUCCCUCCGGAUUUGGAUGACGCGCUGCUGGACACUGGGUUUCUUGAGCCUGAGGACCUUGGCUCUGUGAAACCAGGGGAUCCAUUGCCCUAUCUUGGCCGCAACAUUUGGAGUCCUGAGACCUUGCUUGCUGCCAUUGACCAUUUCGACAGAUACAAUGCGGCUACAGCUGCUGGCUCGCGUCCUUUGACUCCCCAUGAUGCCCACAAUCUCCCACCAGAUCAAGAAGAGCAUGAACUCCAAUACCAGCUCCAGCAGGCCAUAAAAAACACUGAAGAAAAUCCAGAUCUUGAUCAGGACCUCGAUCCUGAUGCAAAUCCUCUUGAAGACGUUGACAAGUACCAGGACAUACUAGGCGAAGCUCAACCUGCUGAAGAUGAUCCCGAUCCUUUCUUUAUUGCAGAUGGACUUUAUGCAGAAGACACAACCGAUAUCAUGCAUCUCCCAGGUCACCUUGUCUCAAUAUACACAGUCGUGUCAUGGCUGCACCUACAGUUCCACCUCCCAAAAGUUGUAUGCAACGCACUGCUGGCCAUCUUCGCAUGUAUUCUACUCACCCUUUCACCCAAUAUCGAACCUCCAUUUGUCACCCUGCAAUCCAGCAAUCGCAUACUCGGCGUCGACAAACCUAUAUAUACUCUCCCUGUUUGUCCAUCGUGUUGUAACGUGUUUCCACCUGCAUGCUCCCCGCAUUCUCAUGAUCAAUGUACCUUGUGCAAUGAGGACCUCUUCCUACCUGACAAGACUGCAUGCGGCAACCAGCACUCCCUCAAGUCACCACUCAUCAAAUACCCUUACCUCCCGCUCUCAGAUCAGAUCAAGUCACUACUCAAAGUUCUGGGCCUCGAAUCUCUCCUUGAUGGCUGGUGUUCUAAGCCACGAGCUCCAAAUCAGUACAUUGAUAUAUUCAACGGCAGUGUAUGCAAGACUAAACUGAAGGCACCGGAUGGUAAACUUUUUUUUUCGAACCUUCCCCAUAAAAAAGCUGGUCCAGAUGGAGAACUAUGUAUCGGUGUGAAUCUUGGUGUCGACUGCGCCAUCACAUUCAUUGUGUCCGACUUCCUUUUCCAUCUGCAACCUUCCACCAGAAUAUCGACCUCCUUCGAUUAUGGAAAGACGGCAUCAAAGUACCUACUGAAUCAUGUCCUCAAGGACAACUUGUUCAUGUCAUUUUGGUGGCCGUCAUCUGUGAUAAGCCUGCUGCGCAUAAGAUUGGGGGCUUUGCUUCACAUUCACAUACUCACUUCUGUACAGCGUGCUGGAUCAACAUUGCCAACAAAGACAAACCAUCAGCCUUUACUGACGGAGGUAAUUAUUGACCCUAUGCAUAAUUUGUUUCUCGGCCUCGUAAAGACCCACUUCUACAAUAUCUGGGUCCAAAAUAUAGGGAUGCCGUCAGGAGGUUCUUUGACUGCGGAUCAAUGGCUCCUUCUUGCAACCGCUUACGGUCCAAUAAUUAUACCUCAGUUGUGGUCUACCUGUCUACCAUCUGACGGUGAUGACCAAAUUCUGUAUCAGCGAGUCGCUAUGAUACAGAAAUUGGAGAACAAAAAGGAAGCAGAUGCUACUCGCAAACUUGACGACAGGAACGCACUUGCAGAGGCCAAAAAACGUGGUAAGGAAGCUUUCGAAGCUGAGAAAGCUCGCAUAGCCAGGGACAAGGUUGCUGCAGCCGAGGCCAAAACCCAGGAGAAGCUACGACUCGCAGCUAUCAAACAGGCUGAGAAGGCACGACUUGCUGCCAAGAAAAAGGCCAAGGCUGUUCAGAGAAAGGGCAAACGGAAAGCCACUGAGCAAAAUGUCGAAGGUCUGCCUGAAGGUCAUCCCCGAUCCCAGCCACCACCAACAUCAAAUGCAACAGCUCAGUUUCUCGACCAAGAGCCAGACGAUGGAGAUUCUGAACCCACUAACAUCAAAUUCUCCCUUCACCCCGACGAUCCUGCAAACUUCUUGAAGUUGUCUGCUGCACUCCGAAUAUUAAUCAAACAUCAAAUCUGCGAUCAUGAACUUGACCAUGCGGACCGCCUCCUUCGUGAAUAUUGUUCGGAGCUCAUCAACUUAUAUGGCUCUGCAGUGAUUAAACCUAAUCACCACUACGCUACACAUGUUGUUGAAUGCACUCGCAAUUUCAGCCCUCUUCAUGAUUUUUGGACUUUCCUUUUCGAAUGGCUGAAUAAAGUCCUGAAAUCAUUCAAGACCAAUAACCAUGCAAAUGGUGAGCUGGAGACAACAUUCUUCACCGAGUUUCAGAGGACGUGUCACAUAGGACGGAUGACUUUUUCUUUACUCAAUCACAGCAAGACAUCACUUCCAUGCACGGUUGCAGAAAUCAUGCUGAAAGCCUCAAAUGAAGAACGAGGUACAGUCGCUGGCUUGACUGUGCUAUCCAAAGACCUUGAUGAUGUAAACGCCGAUGUUCACUGCCUCUGUGAUCGCCCUGUUGUCCCUCACAGCCUCCCACUUGAUCGCACUGCUAUUUUUUUUGACUAUGUGGUCAUCAAGGGGAAGUGCUACUAUGCCUCUCGUACUGUCGGAUCAAACCGCUCUUCCUUUGUUCAUGUCAUUAUCCCCGCUGACAAUCCUAUUCAUCUACACGGCGAGGUCUUGGAAAUUUUCCAGGUUGAUCAGUCUUGGCGUGAACAUGUGCAAUCACUUUGGUUUGCGCGCAUGUGUUGGUUCAAACCAUGGCAGGGUGAUGCAGGAAUGGUAUGGAAUAAGUUUGCCGAGUCUGUGAGUGUGCGGCUGUGGACACUUGGAGAGUACCUGGAAGAUGAAGUUCAGUUGCCGCAUCUCAUUGAUCCUGACUGGAUUAAUGGUCAGUUAGCAAUGACUACUGUGUCCAUCAGUGUCGAAAAGACAAAGGUACGUCAAAGGCUUCUUGAACAAGAUAAAUUGACUGGGUAA